GGCUGCGGGAGAGGCCCGGGCCGGAGUUUGCGGAGGUCCUAGCCCGGCGCGCGCGGCUUGGCGGCGGCUGCGGCUCAGAUGAGGAAACUGAGGCCCUGUGAAGUGAAGUGACUUGCCCACGGGCACAUAGCUGGGUCAUUCUGGCUGCUUUCUUGACAAGAAGCUGUUGGGGGGUGAGGGUGGAAGCCAGCUGACCCGGAGGAGGCAGCUGCAUUCAUCUAGAUCUCCUGGGCGUGCCCGCACUUCUUGCUGCUCAUGCCGCUGGGACUGGGGCGGCGGAAAAAGGCGCCACCUCUGGUGGAAAAUGAGGAGGCUGAGCCAGGCCGGGGCGGGCUGGGCGUGGGGGAGCCAGGGCCCCUGGGUGGAGGUGGAGCAGGAGGGCCCCAAAUGGGCUUGCCCCCCCCUCCCCCGGCCCUGCGGCCCCGCCUUGUGUUCCACACCCAGCUGGCCCACGGCAGUCCCACAGGCCGCAUCGAGGGCUUCACCAACGUCAAGGAGCUGUAUGGCAAGAUCGCCGAAGCCUUUCACCUGCCUGCUGCUGAGGUGAUGUUCUGCACCCUCAACACCCACAAAGUGGACAUGGACAAGCUUCUGGGGGGCCAGAUAGGGCUGGAGGACUUUAUCUUCGCCCACAUCAAGGGGCAGCGCAAGGAGGUGGAAGUGUUCAAGUCAGAGGACGCGCUAGGGCUCACCAUCACUGACAAUGGAGCUGGCUAUGCCUUCAUUAAGCGCAUCAAGGAGGGCAGCGUGAUCGACCACAUCCAACUCAUCAGCGUGGGCGACAUGAUUGAGGCCAUCAAUGGGCAGAGCCUGUUGGGCUGCCGGCACUACGAGGUGGCCCGGCUGCUCAAGGAACUGCCCCGAGGCCGCACCUUCACGCUGAAGCUCACGGAGCCUCGCAAGGCCUUUGACAUGAUCAGCCAGCGUUCCGGGAGUGGACGCCCUGGCUCCGGCCCACAACUGGGCACUGGCCGAGGGACCCUCCGGCUCCGAUCCCGGGGCCCUGCCACAGUGGAGGAUCUGCCCUCAGCCUUUGAGGAGAAGGCGAUUGAGAAGGUAGAUGACCUGCUGGAGAGUUACAUGGGCAUCAGGGACACGGAGUUGGCGGCCACCAUGGUGGAGCUGGGAAAAGACAAAAGGAACCCAGAUGAGCUGGCCGAGGCCCUGGAUGAACGGCUCGGUGACUUUGCCUUCCCGGACGAGUUUGUCUUUGACGUCUGGGGCGCCAUUGGGGAUGCCAAGGUUGGCCGCUACUAGGACUCCCACUGGACCUCAUGAUGACCUGGGCCCACUCGUCUGGUGGGGGUCCCCAGAGGGGACACCACAGCGCAGACCCCAGCGUCCAACUUGGGCCUAGCUCAGCAGCCCAAGGACGAUGCGGAGUGGAGGGGGGGCCGGGCCCCUGCCCCACUCCAAUCGGUACCACCCCCUCCCCAGUUCCCAGCCUGGCUGGGGUCCCCAGCCCCCCUACCCUGUUCCCCACCUACCUCAGCCGGCUCAGGCAUGUGGGGAGGGACUGGCUAAAUUGGACGGCCACCCCCACCCCCAACACUUUCCACCAUCAGCUGCCAAACUGGUCCCUCUGUCUCCCUGGGGCCUCGGGUUCUGUUUGGGGGUCGUGACCUCCUUAGAUUCCUGCCGCGGGGAAUGCAGAAUAGGGCACGUCCCUCCUCAGCAAAUGCAAUAAUCCCCUCCCCUUCUGCCGCCACCCUCCCAAGUGGAGCCCCCCUCCAAGUGGAUUUUGUUACCUCCACAUUUGAAAAGUGUCUGCUGUGAACCCCAACCUCCUCCCCACCCCCCUAUCUCCCUCACGGCUGAGCCUGGGACGGAGCGGGAGGGAGGGAGGGACGAUGGCGGUGGGCUUUUGUAUCUGAAUUUGCUGUCU